GAUUUCACUUAUAAAUACCUACAGGCACAUUAAAGUGUGAGACAGAUUAUAACUUUACCACCUCAGCCACUAUGAUCCAUGUACAUCAUAUUUUGUUCUUAUGUUUCCUUCUUCAUAAUUUUCAUUUCAUCAUUUGCAUCAGCAAUAACACAGAUAAAGAUAUACUUCUAUCUUUCAAAUUACAACUAACUGAUCCAAACAAUGUUCUGUCAAAUUGGACAACAGAUUCAAAUCACUGUACCUGGUAUGGAGUCAACUGUUCCAAAGCUGGUGAAAGAGUUCAGUCUCUCACCUUAUCAGGACUUGGCCUCUCUGGUAAACUACCUUCUAAUCUCUCCAACCUCACUUCCCUCCUUUCACUUGACCUUUCCAACAACACUUUUCAUGGUCAAAUCCCUUCAACUUUUGGCAAUCUCAUUUCUCUUGAGACUCUUUCUUUGGGAGAGAACAAGUUUAUUGGUGAGAUUCCAAUUGAAUUUGGCAAUCUCACACUCCUCACUGUCAUUCAAUUAGCUCGCAACAAUCUAUCAGGUACACUUCCACCACAAUUAGGCCAACUGCAUAAUCUACAAAGUUUGGACUUUUCUGUCAAUAAUCUCACAGGUGAAAUCCCUUCAACUUUUGGCAAUCUCAUUUCUCUUGAGAGUCUUUCUAUGGCAAGGAACAAGUUUGUUGGUGAGAUUCCAAUUGAAUUGGCCAAUCUCCGUAAUCUUUCAACACUUCAACUCUCAGAGAACAAUUUCUCUGGCAAGUUUCCUACUUCUAUUUUCCUCAACCUCUCUUCCUUAGUUUUCUUAUCCCUCACGCUGAACAAUCUAUCAGGCGAGUUGCCGCAAAAUAUUGGCAACGCCCUUCCAAAUUUAACCACACUUGCUAUUGCAACCAAUAGGUUUGAUGGAGUGAUUCCAAAUUCUAUAUCCAAUUCAUCACAUCUUCAAACUAUUGAUCUUUCUAACAAUAGAUUUCAUGGGCCAAUACCUCUUUUCAACAACCUGAAAAACCUCACUAUUUUGACACUAGCUAAUAACUUUCUCACUUCUACAACAUCAUUGAAUUUACAGUUCUUUGAUUCCCUUAGAAACUCCACUCAGUUGCAAAUCCUUAAGGUCAAUUAUAACAACUUGACCGGUGAACUUCCGAAUUCUGUUGCCUACCUUUCAAGCAAUCUACAACAGUUCUGUGUUUCUAAUAAUCAGCUAAAUGGAAGCAUUCCUAAGGGAAUGAAAAAGUUUCAAAAUCUCACAUCCUUCUCGUUUGAAUGGAAUAAUUUCACUGGAGAGUUCCCAAUAGAACUUGGAACACUCAAGAAAUUGCAGCAGCUUUGGAUACACCAAAAUAGAUUGUUUGGCGAAAUUCCAGACAUAUUUGGAAAUUUUACAAAUCUGUAUCAAAUUGCAAUGAGAAACAACCAGUUCACAGGUAGAAUUCCCGCGAGCAUCGGACGAUGCAAGAGCUUGAAUUAUCUUGACUUGGGAAUGAAUAGGCUUGUCGGUGUCAUACCAAUGGAGAUUUUUCAACUCUCUGGAUUGACAACUUUGUACCUACGUGGAAACUCGUUGAAUGGUUCGCUUCCUCCUGUACUCAACAUGGAGCAGUUAGAGUUCAUGAUUGUUUCGGACAACAAGCUAUCGGGGAACAUUUCUAACAUCCAAGCAAACGGAUUGAAGGUACUUCAGAUGGCAAGAAAUAAAUUUGGUGGCUCAAUUCCAAAUAGUCUAGGAGAUUCAGCAUUUCUUGAGACUUUGGAUCUAUCAUCAAACAAUCUCUCUGGUUCAAUUCCUGAGAAUUUAGAAGAGCUUAAGUAUUUGGUGAGUUUAAAUUUGUCUUUCAACAAAUUGGAAGGAGAGGUUCCAAUGAAAGGUGUUUUUAUGAACCUAAGCCAGGUUGAUCUUCAAGGUAACAACAGAUUAUGCGGCCUUAACAAUCAAGUUAUGCAAAAGUUGGGAGUCACUUUGUGUGUUGCAGGUAAAAAGAACAAGAGAAACAAUUUGCUCCUUAUCAUACUACCGAUUAUAGCCGCGACAGUUUUGUUUGUUUCAAUGCUCUCUCUGCUGUGGAUGCUAUAUUCCUCUAAGACGAAAAAAAAGGAGGAGCAAAGAAGUUUGUCAAAAUUGUCAUCAACUCCUCUAAAGGGUUUGCCUCAAAAUAUAUCCUAUGAUGAUAUUAGGCUUGCUACAAAUAAUUUUUCUUCUACAAACUUGGUUGGAAAAGGAGGCUUUGGUUCUGUUUACAAGGGAGUGUUCAACCUUAACACUUACGAAAGUCAAACCACCACACUUGCUGUUAAAGUUUUUGACCUGCAACAAAGCAAAGCCUGUCAGAGUUUUAGUGCAGAAUGUGAAACUUUGAAAAAUGUUAGGCAUCGGAAUCUUGUCAAGGUGAUCACUUCUUGUUCUAGUACUGAUCACAAAGGGGAUGAUUUUAAGGCCCUUGUUAUGCAUUUCAUUCCUAAUGGUAAUUUGGAGAUGAGUUUAUACCCAGAAGAUCUCGAGUCGGGAUCUUCACUAACCUUGUUGCAGAGGUUAAACAUUGCUAUUGAUGUUGCAUCUGCCCUGGACUACUUGCACCGUGAUUGUGAUCCACCAAUAGUCCAUUGUGAUUUGAAACCACUCAAUGUCCUACUAGAUGAAGAUAUGGUUGCACAUGUAGCCGAUUUUGGAUUGGCAAGGUUUCUCCCUCAAAAUGCAUCUGAGAAACGCAGCAGCACUCGAGAACUGAAUGGAUCAAUCGGCUAUAUUGCCCCAGAAUAUGGUCUAGGUGGCAAGGCUUCAACUAGUGGUGAUGUGUACAGUUUUGGGAUCCUACUGCUAGAGAUGUUGAUAGCCAAAAAACCAACAGAUGAAAUGUUCAAAGAAGGAUUAAACAUGGACAACUUUGUAUUAGAAAUGGAUGCAAAGCAAUUACUGGAUGUUGUUGAUCAAAGGCUUAUGAACCAUUUUGAAUAUUCGAUACAAAGUUUCAGCAGCGACAGUCAUAGUGGUAGAUCCGGCGACAUCAGCUAUAGUGAUGGUAGUAAGACAUACUGGACUCACAAUGCGGAGGAGUGCAUAGCUGCUGCAAUGAGAAUCGGCUUGUCAUGUGUAGCACAUCAUCCCAAAGAUAGGUUGACAAUGAGAGAAGCCUUAUCAAAGUUGCAUGGAAUUAAGCAGUCUGUUCUUGGCUUGUGAUGUUUGUUGGUGUCAUUUCUGCCUAUAGUGUAUAAUCUGUACUUACUGGUGCGCAAUCUGAAAAUUUUGCAAUAAGGUUCAUGUUCUCCUACUAAAUAAAUUAUAUGAAUAAGAAUUUCAAAUUAGUCAUUAAAUGCAUUUAAAAUGACAAUCAAAAUAGCUUUGUCUGGGUUGGAAAUGAAAAAAAAUGCCAAUAACUUGAUGUUAAAACACAAAAUUAAAUAGAGUCCAUACAGAACUUUGUUCUGGCUUUAAAAUACAGAACUUCGUUCUGGCUUUAAACGGGGCCCCCGCUAGUGGACGGUGGGAUUGGUCCCUCUUGAAUUAGUCGGUCGCAAGGCCGGAUACCAAGAUUUUCAACAAAAAAAAAAUAGAAUCGUCUCAAAUUUUGGGAGACUCUGUGUAAAUUAAUUGUUAUUUAACCAUGACAUAAUA